AUGCGUAUGUAUAUGGAAAAUGGUGCAUUGGCCAGGUCGGUCAACGUGGACGUGGACGUGGACGUGGACCUGGACAUGGACCUGGACGUGGACCUGGACGUGGACGUGGACGUGGACGUGGACGUGGACGUGGACGUGGACGUGGACGUGGACGUGGACGUGGACGUGGACGUGGUCGUGGACGUAGACGUGGACGUGGUCGUGGACGUGGACGUGGACGUGGACGUGGACGUGGACGUGGACGUGGACGUGGUCGUGGUCGUGGACGUGGACGUGGACGUGGACGUGGAGAUGGACGUGGACGUGGACGUGGACGUGGACGUGGACGUGGACGUGGACGUGGACGUGGACGUGGUCGUGGACGUGGUCGUGGACGUGGACGUGGACGUGGACGUGGACGUGGACGUGGACGUGGACGUGGACGUGGACGUGGACGUCGAGGUGGACGUGGACGUCGAGGUGGACGCGGACGUCGAGGUCGACGUGGACGUGGACGUCGAGGUCGACGUGGACGUGGACGUGGACGUGGACGCGGACGUGGACGCGGACGUGGACGCGGACGCGGACGCGGACGCGGACGUGGACGCGGACGCGGACGCGGACGUGGACGUGGACGCGGACGCGGACGUGGACGCGGACGUGGACGCGGACGCGGACGUGGACGUGGACGUGGACGUGGACGGACGCGGACGCAUGGACGUGGACGUGGACGUGGACAUGGACGUGGACAUGGACAUGGACGUGGACGUGGACGUGGACAUGGACGUGGACAUGGACGUGGACAUGGACAUGGACGUGGACGUGGACGUGGAGAACUUGGACGUGGACAUGUACGUGGACGUGGACGUGGACGAAGACAUGGUCGUGGAUGUGGACGUGGACGUGGACGUGGACGUGGACAUGGACUUAGACGUGGACGUGGACGUGGACGUAGACGUGGACGUGGUCGUGGACGUGGACGUGGACGUGGACAUGGACUUAGACGUGGACGUGGACGUGGACGUAGACGUGGACGUGGUCGUGGACGUGGACAUGGACUUAGACGUGGACGUGGACGUGGACGUAGACAUGGACGUGGACGUGGACGUGGACAUGGACGUGGACGUGGACGUGGACAUGGACGUGGACGUGGACGUAGACAAGGACGUGGACUUGGACAUGGACGUGGACGCUCGUGGACCAGGCAAGCUCCUGGACCAGGCAAGCUCCUUGACCAGGAUAGCUCCUGGACUAGGCAAGCUCCUGGACUAG